GCGGAGCCCCAGAACCGGACGGCCGCGCCCGCCGCGCCCGGGGGCGAUCGGGCAGCGCCGCCGCCAUGUCGCUGGGCACCGCGGAGCCGGCCUCGGAGACGGGGGAUGACAGUCUGUCUGCAAUCACCUUUGACUCUGACUCUGAGACGAAAGCAAAAAGGAAAAGUUUCCACAAACCUCCACCCACAUCCCUGAAGUCACCUUAUCACUCUAAACCGAGGAAGGUGGCCUCCUGGAGAUCUCUGAGGACCGUGGCGAGCAUGCCUCUCGGGGGCCGGAUGUCCUUAACCCCCCAGAAGCUGUGUCUGGGAAGCUCCAAGCAAGGUUACGUUCCGGGGACCCUCAUCUACCGAGAGAAGGAGGACAUGUAUGACGAGAUCAUUGAGCUGAAGAAGUCGUUAAACAUGCAAAAGAGUGAUGUGGAUCUGAUGAGAACGAAGCUCCGGCGCCUCGAAGAGGAAAACAGCAGAAAGGACCGGCAGAUCGAGCAGCUUCUGGACGCGUCCCGAGGCCCGGAUUUUGUUCGGACUCUGGCGGACAAAAGGCCUGAUACUGGCUGGGUGAUCAACGGGCUGAAGCAGAGGGUCCUCAAGCUGGAGCAGCAGUGCAAGGAGAAGGACAACAUGAUCAACAAACUGCAGACUGACGUGAAGACCACGAGUCUGGAGGAGAUGCGGAUCGCCAUGGAGACGUACUACGAGGAGAUUCACCGUCUCCAUGGUCUCCUCGCAAGCUCCGAGACAACAGGGAAGAGGCCUCCGGUGGAGAAGAAAGUGGGCCUUAAAAGGCAGAAGAAAAUGGGCAGUGCCCUGCUGAGCUUGUCCCGGAGCGUCCAGGAGCUCAUGGAGGAGAACCAGAGCCUGAAGGAAGACCUGGACCGCGUGCUCAGCAACUCCCCCACCACCUCCAAGAUCACGGCAGGCUACGCGGACUGGAGCAAGCCCCGGCUGGUCCGGCGGAUCGCAGAGCUGGAGAAAAAACUCAGUUCGAUGGAAAGCCCCAAGCCCCAGGCUUCAGAGGGGGUGAGGUCGACCUCCCUGAGCCCCUCGGCGUCCAGCCCCACGGUGCACCUGCAGGAGCGCGAGCGUCUGCGUGGAGCGGUGCAGAGCCUGACGGGCGAGCGGGACGCCCUGCACGGCCAGCUGCAGGAGAGAGAUUUGGAGGUGAAGCAGCUGCUGCAGACGAAGGCUGAGCUGGAGAAGGAGCUGGAAAGCGUGAAGGAGGGAGAGAGGGAGAGAAGAGAGAGAGAGAAGGUGUUGAGAGAGGAGCUUCAAGCACUGACCAGGAAGUUUCGGGAACUGGAAGGAAGUAAGAAGGAAGAGGAAGAUGAGGCCGUGGCGGUGGCCCCCGAGACCUGGGAAGAGCCCCAGCCUCCCAGCCCCACUGCCAGCCCCUCCCAGCCGGACGCUGAGCCGGACAAGAGCCAGGGGGGCUCCUCCCGGCCCCCCUCCACCUGCCCAGAGGGGAGGAGAGACGCGGCCGCCAGGGUCCUGCAGCGCAGGUGGAGGGGCUACCAGUACCAGAAAGAAAGGGCUCUUCUGGAUGAAGAUUCGCUUUACCGUGGGAUCCGGCGUCCAGGCCGGUUCUCCCUGGAGAAUGAGCGUGUUUCCGGCUGGGGGAGGCCGCUGGCGAGUGAGGGAGCAGGAGCCUCAGGGCAGGAGGAAGCGGCUACUGUGCUGCAGGCGGCUUUCCGGGGGCAUCUAGCUCGGGCGAGGCUGUUGUCCAACAGAGCGUGUGUCUCGGAACCCCCCAGGGUGCCGAGCCCGCCCACCCAGGACUCGCCCAAGCCCCGCGUCCCGAGCCCUGCUGUCCAGGCCGAGGGAGACUCAUGGCAGGAAGAGGCCGUCACCAUCAUCCAGUCUGCCUUCCGGGCACACCUGGCCCGGGCCAGGUACAGCGCCCCCGGUCCCGGACCCACCACUGCCACGGUUCCCGAAAGGCCAGCCCGGCCACCCCCCAGGGCCCCCUCCUCUCCACCCUGCCCUGCGGCCACUCCCGGGCAGGGAGACAGCGAGGGGAGCAGCAGGGAGACUGCCAAGGGGCCAGCUCCAGAGAACAGAGCGCCGAGGCUGCCACCCUGCUCCGCGGAGCCCCCCGUCUCUGGGCUGCAGCCCACGGUGCCCGCACCCGCGGAGGACGUGAACUCCGACGACUCCGACGAGAUCGUGCUAGCGCCGUCUCUGCCCACGAGGAAGAGCGCCUCCCCGCGCUAGGCCCCGGGCUCGCCUGCACGCCGCGACGCCCGUCAGGGCGGCUGGGCUGAGGACAGGCCCCGAGAUUGGAGCAGUGUGUCUUGUCAGGAAAGAACGCUGCCUGCUGGACGCCUCGGCCUGCCCAGCCUCUCCGCGUGCCCCUUGCUUGCUCGCUGAAGGAACCCGAGGCCUUUCCUUUCCUUUACCUUUGUGAAGGGGUCGCCCCGUUCCGACGCCCGGCUGCCCCGCUGCGUGGUCCUCAGAGCCCGCAGACUUACUCCCGGGACUGGAGGGCCGCGGGGAGCCGGCAGAGAUGGCCCGCACGGCCGCUUUGGGCCCCGGUAGCCGAGACCCAGACGGCACCAACGGCGCGACUCCCUCACCCCCGGGGCGGCCCCACCAGCGGGUCAAGCUGGACGCGCCUGCUGUGGCUUUUGGAAGAGCAAGUGAGCAGGAGACAGGCCUACGGUCGGGAAAGUCUCCAUUCCUGAGACAGAACGCAGUUUCAGAGACGCUGGCAACAUCAGGGCCCCCAGAUGGCUCGUGUGCCUCGCACUCCGACACAGGCCUUUCUUCUGCCCCCUUCCCUACCCCCUUGGGAAACUGACCCCAGUCAGGGGUUGGGGGGUGGAUUGGUCACCGGGUGGAUUAAGCCUUAAAAAAAUACCAAAUUACAGUCACAGAAGCAGCAUCAAGGCCGCUUCUGAAGCACACAGCUGGUGCAGGGGCUUGCUGUCCCCAAGCCCAGCGGCAGGGGCUGUGUUCUCUGUGGGGCUGCCCUGCACCCCGCCGCAUGCAGACCCCGCUCUGACGGGCCACAGCCCGGACUGAGGGCCUUUCAGGAGCUUGGGUCUGCUUCCCGUCUGGGAGAUCAUCCCUGGCUGAUGGGCCCCCCACGCUCAGCGCUGCUUCCCAGCCGUCCCCGCAAGUCCACGCCCUCUCCCGGGGCGGGCUGCACAGCUCAGGGACGGCUGAUGGCACAAAGCCGGCUCUCAGCUGCACCCAGGGGCCUGCCCACGGGGGACAGUCUAGUCCCCGGCGACCCCCAGCGCACCCCCCAUCCCCCGACAGCUCCAGGUAUUGAACCUCGGGGGCUCGGCUCAGACGCGUCCUCCUCUCAGGAAACCCUUGGGCCCUCCUCACAGUGGUCAGAAGCUUCUGGCUCCAGCACCGACGAGGUGUGUGGCCCAAUGAACUCUGUGUGGUUGUGGCUCAUGUGCAGGGCGAACUCCCGACCCAGCCCCAUCCACCCCGAGUCACUCGGGGGACCCCCGGCCCCCUUCACCACUUAGGUGCUGUUCAUACAGUCGCUUGGAAAAAACUCCAGCUGGGGACCAGGCUUGAGUUAUUUUUUUCUUUAUUUGACCUGGGAGCCGCCAAUCCGCUGUUCUCCUUCUGUUUCCCCCACCGGACUGAUUGCUCAUGCGGGGAUUCAGGCUGACCUCUGCCCUGUUUCGUCCACUGGGUCCACUCCUCCUCUGGGUGCCGGCUCAGCUGAGGCCUGUAGGAGGCGCCCAGAGGUGGUGGGGGCAGUGCCCGCGGGCCUGCCCGUCCCCAGGGGUCCUGCUCCCCAGCGCCCACUCAAAACCGGGCGGUUCAGCUUCAGUCCUUACUCUUAAGAGCCCAAGGCUCUGAGCCCUUCAGCAGAGAGAUUACCUUCAGGAUGCCCUGGGGCCUGGAGACAAGGCCGUGUGCAGCGGGCCAGCCAUCAGCAGAGCUGGGUGAAGUCAGCCCCCAAACCUGGGUUUUCCAAGAAAAUGCCCCUGAGGACUGUAAACAUGUAGAUCUGUCUGCCUGUGCUCCUUGAGUCCGGCAAUGUUGAUGUAGGAAAAGUAGAGUCUUGAAGCCACAUCAGUAAACGGGUGACCGCAAGGCGGUGGCCCUCUGACACCGCACAGAUCUGUCCCCCUGGGAAUGCAAGCCCCAGGCGGGCUUGCAGGGCCCAGGGCUCAGGCUGAGGUUCUAGGGCCUGAGGAGCAGCACAGGAGCAGGGCCUGGGCUAGAGGGCCGCCCCCGCGGUGCCCGCCUGCCUGGCGCUGCCCCAGCAGGCCGCCCCGCAGACAGACCGGAGCGCUGGUCCCAGCAUGAAGACCAAGUGCAUUGGGAGAGGGAUAGCAGCGCAGACAGACCAGGGCCAGCGCUGCAGAGCUCCCCUUUGUUCUUGAGAAGCAAAUACCCUCUGGGAAAGCCACAUUCACUCUCAAGGUCUGAAUAUUUAAAUUCCGCGAGAACCCACCUAAACCAGUUCAAUCCCUCCUGUGGUCUGGGAAGCAGUGUUGGCUCUCAGAAGUUCUGAGGACCAGAGGGUGGGCGUACACACCCGCCCAGGGUCAGCCGGCUGCUGCUCCAGAACUCGGGGGGGGGGGGAGCGGGGGGGGGCCUCCCCGAGCUCCCAGGGGUCUGUCAGCAGCUGAUAGAGCCAGGCAAGCCUCCUUCAGGGCCCGCGGUCUCACAGCGUCGGGGAGUCGCAGGGUGACGCCAGCAGGUGGCUUCCAUGGGAGGGGUGCCGUCACUUGUGUGUAGGAGUUUCCCGACCUUACGUGUACGUAACUUAUCCGUGAACCCUUUGGAAGGGAUCAGGUUUCCCUCCGCGCUGUGUCGGCUUCUGUAAAUAAAAGUUGUUUGGCGGGUCUCUGU